AUGGCGUCUUUGUCUCUAGCAAAGGCUACUCUCGUUUCACUUGGUCUCUCGUGCAUUUUGUAUGGUUUCUCCAUCUUCAUGUUUGGCGUCACUAUUCGGGUACUCUGCCACCAUAGAAGCAAGAGAGACAUCAACCCUGUAUUACUUUCUGCCGCCUGUAUACUUCUGCUACUCACCAGCGCGCACAUCGCAACGUUUAUGCAGCGUGCGAUUGAGGGCCUGCUAGACCAUUCUCCCCCCUCUACGUGGCUCGGAGAGAGGAAUACAGCGACGUUUAUUAUUGACAUGGCCAUUGACGCUCUGCAGACUCUCAUCGGAGAUGCUGUACUGCCUGAAGUAAUGUUUGUCACCGCAUUCAGGAACGAUCAGCUGCAGAGCAGUCGCACUGGUUUGAUGGUUGCCUUCUUCUGCUGCUGUUUGCUCAUCAAUGUCAUUUGCACCUCUCUCUUGACUAUACGGCUCUGGAUGAUGCACAAGUCUAUGGUCACUAAGAAUCACUCACUUCUAUCAGCCAUUCACAUCAUCGUGGACGCGGGAUUUCUUUACACCAUCCUCCUUGUCACAACACUCAUUUCUUAUCUACUUGAGUCGAACGUGCUGACCAUCAUGUUGGGCGCAAACAUUCCGCUCAUUGCUGUCAUAUUUUACGGCGUCAUCACACGUGUAGGACUGCACGCCACCUUCGACGCGACUCAGGAUCUGGAGUCUCCCAAUAGUCAGGCCGAUCAUGUGCUGAGUACCAUCGUUCACUUUCCGAGCGAAGAUUUUGGCCAUCAGCAGGAAGAUAUAGAUCUCGAGAAACAGAUCAUCACAUUUGAGGAUCGGUUAAGGUGUCUGGACAUGGAUGGGACUUGA